AUGACGAUCUGCAAGCCCAGAAGCGAGCCCUCCUUUAUCGCAACUCCUGGGACGGCCUCUUCUUUAUGGCCCGCCGACCCUUCUUCCACAUUAUACGUCGUCUUUACAUCGGGAAGCACGGGAAAUCCCAAGGGCGUAGAGGUUUCCCAUUCCAAUUUUGUCUCUGGGUUGCAACAACAGAGUGAAUUGUAUCAACUGAGCCAGGUCUCGCGAUUUCUCCAUUUUACCUCCUACAGCUUUGAUGCAUCUGUACACGAAAUCCUCAUCACUUUGACACAGGGAGGAUGCCUAUGCAUUCCAUCGGACACCGAUCGCAUGCAGCGUCUCUCCGCGGCCAUGAAUGAGAUGCAGGUUACAAUCGCGGAGAUGACUCCCACCAGCUCCCAGUUGAUUGAACCAGAUCAGGUGCCAACUUUGCAGACCUUAGUGUUGGCGGGAGAGUCCAUGUCCCGGGCAGUGAUUGAACGCUUGUCACCUUAUAUCCGCCUAAUCAAUGCAUAUGGACCUGCGGAGUGUGCUGUCUUCAGCACAGGUUAUGUGGUUGAUGUCCACCGCUGUCUUGAGACCGGGAUUGUCCCCAUCGGCCGAGGCUAUGGUUGCGUAACAUGGGUAACAGAUCCAGACAAUGUCAAUCAUCUUACCCCCGUUGGAGAAGUGGGUGAGCUUCUCAUUGAAGGCCCCAACGUGAGCUCAGCCUAUGUAGCAGACCCUGAAAAGACGGUGGCAUCGUUCAUUGAAGAUCCGAAGUGGUUGAUAGAAGGCUCCCCCUUUGCCGGCUUCGCGGGUCGUCAUGCCCGAUUGUACAAAACCGGCGACCUGGUACGAUACAUAGAGGAUGGCAACUUGGUUUUUGUUGGACGCAAAGAUACCCAGGUCAAGCUUCACGGCCAGCGGAUCGAGCUUGAAGAAGUAGAGCACCAGAUGCAAAGCUUUCUUCCUGGUGGGAAGAAGGCUGUUGCAGAGGUCAUUCAGCGGGGGGCCAGAACAAGGCAGCACCGUAAUUUGUCCUCGGCGACUCUCGCUCAUGCAGCCAACAUGAACAUUGUGCGCAGGGUCCGUGUGCUGCAAUAUGCUUCUCCAUCCUUCGAUGCCAGCAUCUAUGAGAUCCUGAUGACAUUAGCGAUGGGUGGAUGCCUUUGCGUCCCCUCUGAUUACCAGCGCAUGAAUACCCCUAGCGAAUUCGCUCGCGAAGCAAAGGCUGAAGUUGUGAUUAUUUCGCCCACUGCGAUUUGGUCAAUGAGUCCCGACGAAGUGCCAUCACUGAAGACCGUCGUAUUGGUCGGCGAGGCUAUUCCCAGUGAUGUAGUGGAAACAUGGAGCCGCUCUUCUUUGGUGAUGAAUGGAUACGGUCCCGGCGAAUGCACUUUCUGCUCCACUACCCCGAUCGACACUCAAAAAUGGGAUCUUGCAAUCGUCGGUCGUGCUGGAGGUUGUGUAGUCUGGCUCACGGACCCAACGGACUACAACCUUUUGGCACCCAUUGGAAUUGUGGGUGAAAUCCUCAUUGAAGGCCCGGUGGUCGGUUGUGGCUAUCUGAAAGACCCAGAGAGAACGGCCGCCAGCUUCAUAAACGACGCUAAAUGGCUAGGCCGCUUCCGAGAAAAUGGUCGUGGGAGGCUCUACCGAUCUGGAGACCUGGGGAUGUAUAAUCCGGAUGGUUCAGUGGUGUAUAUGGGUCGGCGGGAUAUGCAGGUGAAACUACGGGGCCAGCGUAUCGAGAUGGGAGAAGUAGAAUUCAACCUGCAGCACCUACUACCCAGUGGUACGAUCGUUGUCGAGGUGGUCAAAUAUGGUGAAAAUGAGAGAGUCACGGCAUUCCUAGCUCUCUCUCAAAUGAAGGCUUCCACGACUGUGAUGACAGCAACGUCUCCUUCAUCUAUAUUGCUCCCUCCUACUCAGCGGGUCGUCCAAGCAGCACAACUGUCUGCGGACUUGGGCCAAGUACUUCCUUCAUACAUGAUACCCUCAGUAUAUCUUCCCCUUGCGAGGGUUUCAACGACAUCCUCUGGCAAGAUAGAUUGGAAAACAUUGAAACAUGCGGCCAACAGUAUGUCACUUGUUGAUAUCAUGGCGUAUGGCAAAGAGCAGUCCUCCACGACAGAGCCAUCUACCACUGCGGAAUUGGCCCUCCAGAAAGCCUGGGCAAGCUUGUUGAAGAUCAGCCCAGAUGCGCUUAAACGAGAGACCGACUUUUUCCAAGCUGGCACUGACUCUGUGGAAGCAAUGAAGCUGGUCAGUAUGGCGCGUCAAGAAGGGCGGACACUCAAUGUCGCCCAAAUCUUUGCCAGCCCACAGCUAUGCGAUAUGGCUCUCUGGUGGGAUUCUCAAAGAGAUAAUGACGACGAUGCGCUGGAGAAUGAGUGGCCUGCGUUUGCGUUACUAGAUGACUCGGAGACUGAGACAUUCAUCGAACGCCAUAUUUGCGAGCCUCACUCAAUCCCCCGGGAGAAGAUCAAGGAUGUAUAUCCGGCUACUUAUGACCAGGUGCUGGUAUAUAGCAUCAACCAUACCGUGUACGCUCACUUCGAAGUUGAUGAACGACUGGAUCGUGCUCGUAUCGUCGAAAGCUGGUUGCAAGUUGUCCGCCAGCAUGACAUUUUGCGCACCGUGCUAGUCCCAGCUGGUAAUGAUCAAUACUGGGCCGUGGUUCGAACCGGCGAUGUCUUCAACGUUGAUUAUCGAACGAUCAGACAUGAUUCUGAACUGCAUCAAAUUAUCGAUACUGAUCAUGCAUCUGGGCUUCACCCCGGUUCGUUCCUCGGCAAACUGUUUGUACUCGAGUCUGCCAAUAACGGGAAAGUCGUUAUCAUCCUGAAGAUGAACCAUACUAUUUUCGAUGGAUCAUGCUUCGCAUUGUACUGGUCCGACUGGCAAUCGGCCUAUGAACGGGGCAUCGUGCCGACUCGCCUGCAGUACCAGGAUGUUCUGUGCUCCCGCCGACGGAUUGACUCCUAUGCGGCAGCUAGACAGUACUGGGAAGACAUGCUCCACGGCCUGGAAAUGCAAAGUCUACCAACUAUGUCCGAAGACUCAACCCCGGAGCGUAUGGGAGACCCACUUAGGAUCUCUCGGUGCCUCACCCACAUCUCUCCACCGGCUGAAGUCGUUCUUGACUCCUUCAUCAAGGUCAAGGCCGUUUGGGCUGUCACACUAGCCAGUCUUUCAGGGAAGAGGGACGUCGGCUUCUAUCAUAUCUCCAACGGGCGGCGCCUCGGCGGCAGACGGACAGAGGAGGCUGCUGGUCCCCUGAUGCAAUUGUAUCCCAUGCGGGCCCAAUUACAGUCUGACUAG